UGGAGCUCGGCUUGCUUCGCUUGCGGAGUCGUCUGCGCCGGUUGGUCCCAGUUCCUCCUCGGCGUUUUCAGGGCCAGCCUACCUCGCCCCUUGGCGCCAUGACCACUACCACCACCUUCAAGGGUGUGGACCCUAACAGCAGGAACAGCUCCCGGGUUUUGCGGCCUCCAGGUGGUGGGUCCAAUUUUUCAUUAGGCUUUGAUGAGCCAACAGAACAGCCUGUGAGGAAGAACAAGAUGGCUUCUAGCAUCUUUGGGACACCUGAAGAAAACCCCCCAUCUUGGGCCAAGUCAGCAGGUGCCAAGUCUAGUGGUGGCAGGGAAGAUUCGGAGUCGCCUGGAACACAGAGAAGUAACUCUUCUGAAGCAAGCUCUGGAGACUUCUUAGACCUCAAGGGAGAAGGUGAUAUGCAUGAAACUGUGGACACAGACUUCCAAGCCAACCUGGCGCAGAUGGAAGAGAAGCCGGUGCCCGCUGCUCCUGUGCCCAGCCCAGUGGCUCCGGCCCCAGCGCCAUCCAGGAGAAACCCCCCUGGUGGCAAGUCCAGCCUGGUCUUGGGUUAGCUUCUUGUGUUGGAACUCUGUCCUUCUGUUUGUUUGUUUUUCCAUGCUUGUGAACUGCACAACGUGAGCCUGACUGUAUAUCUUUCAGAUUUGUUUCAUUAAAAGAGAAGCACUUUAUGUACUGCUGUCUUUUUUCCCCCUGCUUUCUCUCUUCCUUUUUCUUCUGUCUGACUCCUGGGUCUGUGGGCCAUGGCAUGAGUGUUUCCUAGUAGUAGACAGGAGUAGUAACUGUUUUUAAGAACAAAUGAUCUGGUUCCUGAUGUGUAGAGACUCUUAUGUACCAGGGUUUUUGACGCUGUACUUGGCUUACUGGGAUGGGACAGACAGCAGCCCCUGCUCCCCACUGUCCACUCCUCUCUCCUCGCUGUUGCCCCACUGUCAGUGCCCUUUGCUAAGUGCACCCUCCCGUGCCAUGUGGAGUGAUCAAAGCAGCUGUACCUCACAUCCCGCUGCCUGCCAAGCAAAGGAGCUGCUUUCAUACCGAGGAUGCCAGUGGCCACUGUGACGGGCCGGCUGCUGGGUAGAGCCACCCAGAGUAGAGGAUGGCUUCAGGUAUACAAGCAAGCUGCCUGGAAUCUCGAGGUGAAGCACACAAGGGAGGCUGUCCCAGCAUGGGGCUGUAGGUGCAGGUCCCACAGGGAGAUCCUAAAGGAAGAACUCUGCCAUGUGCAUGACGCUGGUGCUUGACCAUGAAGAAAGAAAGUCUCAUUCAUCCUUGACACUUGUACUUCUUAGUCCUGGACUGUUGCUUAAAGUAAACAAUGCCCACCUUUUGAA